AUGGAAGCGCAUCACAAUAUCGCCGCUAUCUCUGAUCAAGAAAUUGCGUCCGUUCAUCCAUCAGACAUAUCGUGCUCAGGUGGAUCGACAGUGGAUGGUCAACGUUCGACCGGUGCAACACCUACUAUCUCCACCAUUGAAGAAGGAAGCAUCCUUAAUGAGGAUAAUACAAGUGAUCACUCACCAUUUCAGACGACUCUUGAAUCGGAACAGCACAACCCUUUUGAUGACAACUCGCUGAUCAACACCCCUGUGGAAAGCAAAGAGAUACAGAAUCCUUGUACAGUGCAUUGUACAAAGCCGACAUUGAUUAGGAUCACCACUUCACCAAAACCGACUCCUCUGAACUCCCCAAGUGAUUCGAGAGAUGCACAGGCGUUCAUCACCAGACCUUCCAGUAGCUCGACGAGACGAGAUCACAGAGCCAACGAAACUACCUCUAGGCCCGUGCAAUUGGACACUUCCGGGGUAGAUCAACAGCAAGCCUUGUCUGACAAUCGAUGCGAUCUUGAUUAUUGUAGUUCAUUGAAAGCUUUACGUCAAGAAAUGAGGGUCAGCUUACUUGACGCACGCUCUCGGAGCUCACUUGCCGCAUGUUCUCGGGAAGAAGAUUUCAUAGAUCGAGGGAUCUCGCAGCUAGACAAGGCUUUGCGAGAUUGUGGCAUAGCUCCGAGUAGAGACAAGAGGAAUAAUUCUGAUGUCGGCAUGUAA